CCUCCUCCUGGGCUGGGCCCGCGGCGUCUCGUCCCCUCGCGGAGCCGCCGCCGCCGCCGCCUCCUCAUUCAUCCUCGUGCACCAUAGGCGGCACAGGCUCCAAGAUGUCCAACCGAGUGGUCUGCCGGGAAGCCAGCCACGCCGGGAGCUGGUACACCGCCUCAGGACCUCAGCUGAAUGCCCAGCUAGAAGGUUGGCUUUCACAAGUCCAGUCCACGAAAAGACCUGCUAGGGCCAUCAUUGCACCCCAUGCAGGAUAUACGUACUGUGGGUCUUGUGCUGCCCAUGCUUACAAACAAGUGGAUCCAUCAAUUACCCGGAGAAUUUUCAUCCUUGGGCCCUCCCAUCAUGUGCCCCUGUCUCGAUGUGCACUCUCCAGUGUGGAUAUAUAUAGGACUCCUCUGUAUGACCUUCGUAUUGACCAAAAGAUUUACGGAGAGCUAUGGAAGACAGGAAUGUUUGAACGAAUGUCUCUGCAGACAGAUGAAGAUGAACACAGUAUUGAAAUGCAUUUGCCUUACACAGCUAAAGCCAUGGAAAGCCAUAAAGAUGAGUUUACCAUUAUUCCUGUACUGGUUGGAGCUCUGAGUGAGUCAAAAGAACAGGAAUUCGGAAAACUCUUCAGUAAAUAUCUAGCGGAUCCUAGUAAUCUCUUUGUGGUUUCUUCUGAUUUCUGCCAUUGGGGUCAAAGGUUCCGUUACAGUUACUAUGAUGAAUCCCAGGGGGAGAUUUAUAGAUCCAUUGAACAUCUAGAUAAAAUGGGUAUGAGUAUUAUAGAACAAUUAGAUCCUGUAUCUUUUAGCAAUUAUUUGAAGAAAUAUCAUAAUACUAUAUGUGGGAGACAUCCCAUCGGGGUGUUAUUAAAUGCUAUCACAGAGCUUCAAAAGAGUGGAAUGAAUAUGAGCUUUUCCUUUUUGAAUUAUGCCCAGUCGAGCCAGUGUAGAAGCUGGCAAGACAGUUCAGUCAGUUACGCAGCUGGAGCACUCACGGUCCACUGAAGCUCCGACCCUCAGGGACGCCACCUGCACAGACUCGUACUCUGUCCAGGGUCCAGCCUAGCCUUUACCAAGAUGUUGGUUCUGGUGUGGGGGGAUUCUGAAACCUCAGACUAAUAGAACUCUUUCUUCUUUUCUAGUAGGUGUAGUCCUCCUUAAUUUCAACUCAUUUUAAAAAUGCUUUCUAGUUUGGGGCAGUGGAAGGAAGGCUGAAUCAAAAUAUUUGCCCAAUUGGCACACAGUGACUUAAAGCAUUUAGAUAUCUGAAAUUUGCACUUUUGCAGACUCAUGCACAUAUAUUCCGCUUUCAGAAUAGUUUUGCAAAUUGUACACAGACAAAGGGUGGAAGCUUUUUAAUAAAAAAUUGCAUUUAUAAAUGAUCUGUAUUAGAAUAUAAGAAAUCUCCAGUUAUAGACAAUUACUACCCAUGUUGUACAACAGAUACCUUCUAUUUUAGUUGCUAAUAAAGGGCUACACAACUCAAAAAAAAAAAAAAAAAAAAAAAAAA